AUGAGUGAUGACAAAUGUCAAUGUAAUAUCUAUGGCUUGUGUGAAAUGCCUAGUGGAGAGUUUGUCAUAGCAGACCGGGAUAAUUGUAAAGUGAAGCUCCUGGACAAGGAGUACAGGGUGAUCGACCACUGUGAUGUCCCGUGGAAUCCAUGGGGCGUGUGCCACAUUGAUGGAAAUGAAGUGGCCGUUUCUGUUUACACUGAUAAUACUAAUAGAAGAGGACUAUAUUUCAUAAAUUCUACGAACGGGAAAUUCGUUACUACGAGGAAGUUAAGCUUCACCCAUGAAUGUUUUGGCGCAGCUCAUCAUGGUGGCAAGCUUUACAUCUCCUCCAGUACCGCCCUGUACGUCUACACGUUGUCGGGAAAGAAGGUGAAGACGCUGUACGAGGAAAAGUCUGGGGGUAGAACGGUGAUGAAAUGUGUUAUCAGUAACGACGGGGAAACAAUCUACAUCACAAACUACGGUACACAUCAACUGAUCACCCUAGACAAAAACGGUAACUUGCUGGCCUCUCUCACUGACCCGUACAUGACGUAUCCUACCGGAGUACACGUGACACCUGCUGGACACGUGUUCGUCUGCUGCUUUGACUCCGAUGCAGUGAUGCAGGUUGACAAAGACGGGAAGAAGAAGUUGGCCACACUGGCAAGGGAAAGAGACGGAGUGUACGGACCGUAUGAUUUAUUUUUCAGCAGCCGCACUUCUUCUCUGAUUGUUGGUGGAUGGAAAGACACACUUCUUGUUAUCAAGUUAAUCUAA